AUGGUCGUCCUCCAAGCGUCUCCUACAGCAUGGCCAACUUUGCCCAGUGGCAGCCGUGGCAACGGCACCGCCGUUAAUGGCAACGGGACUAUCGUUGCAGCAAAUUCGACGUCGAUAGGCGGCAAUAUUACGACCACGAUGCCCACGCCCCCGCCUUCUCUCGCCCCGACUGUAUCCCAAAACUCGUCGUCUGGUGGCUCGUCUUCGCCCAUCCGCGGCAAACUCGGAGCCGGUCUUGGCGCUGCGCUUGGCUUCGCGGCUGUGGUGAUUCUGGUGGUGCUGUGGCACGUUUGCAAAGCGCAGCGUAAGAGACGACAACAACGGUGGCUGCAAGACGAAUACGCAACCAGAAUAGAGGACCGUGGAGGUGGCUAUCAAGGAGAGAUUGUAGAAAGCCACCAGCAAAGGUCGACUGAACAAUUGUAUCGACAACACCAAAUACGGAUGGGCACCACAUCGACAUCGUCGACUUCGCUCGCAGGGGCUCUCUUGCCAGAUCCCCAAACCGGAAAAGAAAAGGAGCAGACGACGACGAAAACAGUGCUAAUGCCGAGGGAUGCGCCCAAAGCGUACGACGCACCAAUCAAUGGCCAGACCGAAACAAGCUCUCCGAAGCGUGGCAGGGGCCGUAGGCGGGGAGAACGCCUACUAGGAGGCAGCCGGGAACGACGAGACGGGCUCCAGCGGAUGGACAUGUCGACUGAAGAGGAUAGAGCACCGACCGCUGCAGACCGGUCCAAGUUCUCGUUUGAAGGUGUGGCACAAAGUGAAGACUCAAUAGAGACGUUAUCACAAAUAAGACUUUUGUCGCUGGCGGAUGUAGGUAGAGAAGAUCCGGGCGGGCAGGGCGCAGAGCGUGUAUCAGAGAAACUGAGAGAGAAAGACAUGUAUAUGAGAUGA